CUGUCACUUUGCAUACACGUCAGGACGAUGCCGAGUGACGAGCACAGAGACGCGACCUGCAGAGCCUCCACACCGAGGACAGCAUGACUGCUAGAGUUCAAUUCAGAAAAACUGGAAUGGAGAGCUGCAGACUUCAACACUAGCUGCUCUGUGAUUGGCUGAUCGCUGUCGUUAGUAUCAAGAUGGCCCACCUCUUCCUCGCCAGUAAGAUCACGAUGCCGGACGACCUCCACUGCAAAGGCGGCGCCAGGAUCCCCAGGAGUGCCAUGAGGAUGCCAAAAUCGAUCUCUGCUGAGAAGCUGAGUCGGGACAGGGCCAGGAAAGACCACAACGUCAUCGUGACAACGCACGUCCCACAUGUCAACGAGGUCCAGCUGACAGCGGCCACUGGUGGCGCCGAGAUGUCCUGCUACCGCUGUACCGUCCCAUUCGGUGUGGUCGUCCUCAUUGCCGGCAUCGUGGUCACUGCUGUGGCGUACACCUUCAACUCCCACGGGUCCACCAUCUCAGUGCUGGGACUGGUGCUGCUGUCUGCUGGACUGGGCCUGCUGGGCUCCAGUGCCGUCUGCUGGAGGGUCCGCCUGAGGAAGAAGAAGGACAAACGAAGGGAGAGCCAGACCGCCCUCCUGGCCAGCCAGGGGUACUGCAUAGCCUGAUCAAAUGCAAAGGACGGUCCAGUCCUGAGUGGAGUUCAGGUUUAGGCCCUUUUAAUCAAAAAAGUCAGAUGGUGGACUUGAGGGACACAGUGAACAUAAACUGGUGAAGAGCUGGCAUCACUCAUGAGGUGGCAAUGACUGCAGACACCUAAAAGGACUCAAGGCUGUAAUGGUUCAAGGGUAAAGGAUGAGUGUUUAGACACAUCGCAAGAAUAUCCAGCAGCAGAAAAUACUGGAUUAUGGAGACUUGAAACUCAGAAAGUCCCGGACGAUGGACUAAACCUUCUCUUUCAAAGAGAAGUACCGAGACGAUGUGUUUAAUAAUCAAUUAUUCAAAAGACUACUGUGAUAAUCAUUAAGGUCAUUUAUGAAGCCAAACAUUUCAUCUGCUUUCAGAUUCUCAAGUGUUUCACAUCAUUUGGGUUUUGGACUGUUGUGGCACAAAACAAAGCAAUUUGCAGACGUCAGCUUGAGUGCUGAGAAGUUUUAAUGAUCAACUUUAUCUUCGCAUGUACAGGGACUUACAGGUCUGCGAACUACACCCUUCUAUAAAUCAAUUUCUGUUGAUUUCCCAAAGAUAAUCAAAGCAAACAGAGCAGAGGCUCUGAACACUUUUAGAGGUUUUAGAUGUUUUAGUUUUAGAUAUUUUAAAUGUUUCUUAGAUAUUAAAAUUGCUGCACAAAGUAAAUUUAAUCAAUUUUAAAUUACAUUUGAAACAAAGCGUUCAAAACACUCACACAGGACUGUCUAAUCUAUACUUAUUAUCAUACAGGACCUGUAUGCCAACCUCCCAAUGCUUUUAUUCUGAAUGUCAGAGUACCAUAUUGGGAGUUUUAUUGUUGCUUUAAAUGAUUCAUCAACAAAAACAGUCUGCAGAUUAGUUGUAGCUCUACAAAGCUCAUCAAUGAUGUACAGUAUAUCUAAUGAUAUGAUGCCAAUAAGCUAUAAUAUACAAUUAACAAGGUACUCUGUUGUUGAAGAUUCUCUUUCAGUGAUAAGCUCAUUUGUGAUCUCAGCACUCCGCACGUUACGUUUCUUUCUGAGCAGACAGAAGACGCCUCAGAAGACACCACCCUCUGCCGAGUAACCGGUCAGAAGACAGGAUUUUGACUUUGUGUAUGGAGCUUAAUCAUGGAGUAACAUUGUGAAUACUGAGCUCACAGAUGGGGAUACUCUCUGAUAUGCAUGCCACUUUGUGUGUUUAAACUAGUGCACUAUGAUCCAAAGUGAUGAAAAAUAACCAAAUGUCAUGUAUUCCACUGUAUUAAAGAACUCUGAGGGUUAAUCUGA